UUUACGACGUGCGACUCCCUGUUUUUGACUAGUAUUAAAUUUUGUAGUUGUUCAUUCCUAGAUCCUGCAGUCAUGUCGGACAGAAUAGUAAAGAAGAAGAGGAAGAGACAGGAAGCUGCCCCUGCAGAAACAGAAGAGACCAUAGAUGCUGGUGAGCCUCUCCUUAAAAAAUCGAAAUGGUCUGACAAGCGGCGUGUCCUCGUGUUCUGUUCACGAGGAAUAACACAUCGCCCUCGUCAUUUGAUGAAUGACAUGCGAGUGCUACUGCCCCACAGUAAAGCGGACACCAAGCUAGACAGAAAGGAUAAUCUCUUCGUUGUCAAUGAGGUUUGUGAGCUUCGCAAUUGCAACUGGUGCCUGUUCCUGGAAAUGAGGAAAAAGCGUAAUUGUUUCCUUUGGCUAGCAUCAACUCCUCACGGACCAUCUGCCAAGUUUCUCGUUGAGAAUAUCCAUACUAUGGAUGAAAUGAAAAUGACGGGAAAUUGCCUGCGCGGUUCCAGACCAGUGCUCUCGUUUGACUCUGAGCUCGACAAAACGCCCCAAUACAAGCUGCUGAAGCUCAUGCUGGAGAGAAUUUUCACCACUCCACAGAACCACCCUCGGAGCAAGCCAUUUGUGGACCAUGUGUUCAGCUUCAGCCUUGUGGACAACCGAAUACAUUUCAGGAAUUUCCAGAUCCUAGAUGAAGGAGAGAAUUUAGUCGAAGUUGGACCCAGAUUCUGUCUGAAUUUGAUCAGAAUCUUUGACGGCAGCUUCGGUGGAGCCACUCUAUACGAAAACCCGCUGCGAGAAGUCUGACCAGUAUGCAGCAUCAUCAACUUCCUCAAUGAGGGUAUGCUUCCAUUGAACGCUGGUGUGUGUGCGUGCUUGCGUGUGUGUGCGCGGGUCCAGGCCAGUGCUAUCGUUGUACUCUGAGCUCGACAAAACGCCCCGAUACACGCUGCUGAAGCUCAUGCUGGAGAGAAUCUUCACCACGACACAAAACCACCCUCGGAGCAAACCAUUUGCGGACCAUG